UUAUUUCCUCUCUUAUUCGGUGAAUUUAAUCGUCCGGUUUCUUUUAAUGGUAAUAAGUGUAAAAUCAGACAUACUGCUAAUGUUUUGAUUGAGUUGUCUUUUAGAUCAAAUUGUAGAAAUGUCGGACAAUGAUGAAACCACCAUUGUCGAGAAUCAGGUCGUUGAUCGAGAGCUUUCUGAUGACGACGAACCAACUCAGCUAAUUGAUUCCCAAGGGGACAUGCCAACACAGAUGAAUGUGGACGACAUGCCAACACAGAUAAAUACCGAUGACAUGCCAACACAGAUGAAUACGGAUGAUUUACCAACUCAGAUCGAUAUGGAUGACAUGCCCACUCAGAUAAAUAUGGACCACAACUCAACUGAAAUGGAUUUGGAUGAUGAACCAACCCAGAAAGUCGUGGAUGAACCAACAAUCAUAGAUGACAUGCCAACUCAGUUGUACGCGAAUGAUUCCCUGAAUGAAGAUGACCAGCCGACACAGCUAAAUAAGUCCCCUGAUACAAGUAUUGAUGAUGAGGAGGGCCGUGAGAGAUCUAAGUCCCCUGAGUUUGGAACCAAGUCACGAUCAGCCUCUCGAAGUAGAUCUAGAUCUAAGUCAGUGGAAAGGUCUGGAUCUGCAGAGAUGCAAUCUCCGGAAAAUGAAGAGGAAGGACGAGAUAAAUCUAAUUCUAGAUCCAAGUCCGGAUCAAGAUCCAAGUCCGGAUCAAGAUCCAAGUCAGGAUCAAGAUCCAAGUCCGCAUCAAGAUCCAAGUCCAGAUCUAGAUCCAAGUCCAAAUCUAAAUCCAAGUCCAGAUCUAGAUCCAAAUCCAGGUCAGGAUCUAGGUCUGUAUCCCGAGAUAGAUCAAGAUCAGGGUCGGCUAAAAGAUCUAAAUCAGGAUCAAGAUCCGUUUCCCGGAGUAAGUCGAGGAGUAGAUCGAAAUCAGGAAGUAGAUCAAAAUCAAGAUCAAUCAGCAGAUCGAUGUCGAGGAGCAAGUCAAGAUCAGGAAGCAAGUCCGGAUCCAAGUCUCGAUCUGUCAGCAGAUCCAAGUCUAGAUCAGGAAGUAGAUCAAAGUCUAGAUCAAGAUCCAAAUCCGUUUCCAGAUCAAGAUCACGAAGUGGAUCUAGAUCAGACAGUGACGUAGAGUCGAAGAAGAAGAAGAUUGUGCGCGAAGCUCUUGGAGAUUCUGAUGAUGAGGGUGCAGAAGGUCAAGGAAAGGAGGCCGCUCUUCCAAACCUCUCCGAUAGCGAGGAUGAAGGGAAGAAGGAGGACAAACCAGUUGAAACUGAAAGGAAAGCAGAUGAUUCAAGCGAUGAUGAUGGACCAACAAGGAAUGGCGACGAAGGAUUGUCUGGAGGUCGACUAAUGUCAGAUUUCGACAUGAUGCUGGAGAAGAAACGAGCUGACAUGAAGAAACGACGUAAGAAGAAGGAUAUCGAUCUGAUCAACGACAAUGACGACGCGAUUGCCCGUUUGAUCGCGGACAUGAGACUCGCCGCCAGGGAAGACAAUGAGUUAAAUAUUGCAAGACAGCCAGCUAUAAGAAAGAUUGCUAUGCUGAGGCCGGUGAUGUCCCAGCUGAAGAAGGUCGACCUCCAGAUGGCCUUUGUGGAGGCCAAUGUACUGUCCGUCAUGACAGACUGGUUGGCCCCCAUGCCAGAUAAAUCUCUUCCUAGCCUGGAGAUUAGAAAGGAGUUGUUGAGACUUCUACAGAACCUUAGAAUUGAUGAUCAAUCUAGACUAAAGGAGUCGGGGAUAGGAAAGGCUGUAAUGUAUCUGUACAAGCAUCCUAAAGAGAUCAAGGAAAACAAAGUGAUCGCUGGCAAAAUAAUAAAUAACUGGGCUAGACCUAUCUUCAACAAAUCUAUGGAUUACAAGGAUUAUGACAAAGAAACGAGAGCAGAGCGGGAUCAGGAAAUUCUGUCUGCAAAGAGACGAAGAGUGGAGGAGCCUGAACCGGAGGAGGGACUUCGACCAGGAGAUCCAGGUUGGAUUGGUAGAGCCAGGGUUCCUAUGCCAAGCAGCAAGGACUACGUGGCUAGACCGGAGUGGGCUACAGACGUCGAACUAAGUAAACCUAAGAAGAAGGAGGUAACUUUGAUCGAAAAACAUUUCCGUGCCGCAGCUGAGCGUAAGAAACUGUCCAAACCUCGGCGCGCGGUUGAGAUGUCUAUGGAGGGAAGGAAGAUGGCGCUGUAAACACUUAGAUCAUAUGAUAACCGGCUCAACUAAAGGGACUCUAGACUCAAUUUCAAGUGUACCCUCCAUCCAUUCAUUUCCAAUUCACAACCGUACCCUUUGAAAUUUGAAUAUUUAUCUGCAUUUUUCUAUCUUUUUAAUUGAAUAUUUUCAAUCGUGGCUCUUUAGAAAAGCAACUUAAGAUGAGGGAUUAUAGGGUACUAUUGUGAAUCGGACAUGACGCUUUAUGAAUGUAUGGUGACGUUAAAUUGCGUCUGAAGUCCCAUAAAGAAGGAAUAUUUUAUUUAUAUUAGUUUUGGAAUUCACAGAAACUUUUACUUAAAACUAGUAUUUUUUAAACAUAAUUAUCAAAAUGAAUAUUUAUUUGUUCUUUAAAAAUUUAAAAUCUUGAAGAAUAAUACUCCGUGUUUUUUUUGAUCAAGUUGAUUGUGAAAACGUACAUUAAACUAUAGGUUUUUGGAUUUGUAUAUUUAUUCGUCUCUGAUUUUUCUUAUUUUCCUUUUUACCCUCAAGGUUUUUUUUUCAAUCUCAAGUUUGUUUGAAAACAUAUAUUAAAAUACUUGCAGCACACCUUAUUUAAUUUAGCAAAAAGGGUAAUUUUGUUUGCUUGGUUUCAGUUCUGUAAAUCUUUAAUUAUCUUGUUUUGAUUUCGCUAAAAUAUUAUUUUAAAGAUGA